CGAGUGUUAACGUUAAAUGCGCGCGCCUCCUUGAUAACCGCAAGCGUCGGUGAGAGACGACGCCCCUCUCGAAAGAACUCCGCUCUCGCUUUCGCGAAGUACGUUCGGUGUUCCGGCGUAAUCUACCAUCCCUCGAGUCUGCACUUGUGCCAUUCGUGGACUGACCCCGUCGUAAUCGAGCGACCGAGCUUGAGGAAAAGAAGAGCGCGCGCUUGUAGUGUUCCGAGAAGUGUUCAUUCGCUGCGCGCGGCCGCUUUUCGGAGGCGAUCGCGGUGCGAGUGUGUGGGUAGAUCGAGCGGACCCAUGAGCCUGUACGUUGUGCGUGGACGUCGCUUCGAGCGGGUGCUGACCGCUUCGAAGACCGUCGAUGUGGACGAUGACGACUGGCGGACGCCCAAACCAUACACCAAUGCAGAGUACGAGGAGGUGCAGGCAUCGCUCAGCGCUCAUGGCCAGGAGCACCUGCUCAGGUUCUGGCCGCAGCUCACCGAGGAGCAGAGAUGCCAGCUGAUGACCGAUUUGAGGUACAUCGACUAUGCGAGGACAUCGUCAGCGUUCAAGCAGGCGACCGAUGGGGGAUCGGGUGAUGUCGAAAGCCUGGAUGACCUCCUGGAGCCCAUUCCCGCCGACAGGCAUGGUUCAGUCUCUCGGUGUUCGCCCGAGAAACUCGAGGCGUACCGCAACAAAGGCUUGGAGCUGGUGUCGGAAGGCAAGGUGGCCGCACUGCUGUUGGCCGGCGGUCAGGGCACCCGCCUGGGUGUCCACUACCCCAAGGGCAUGUACGAUGUGGGCCUGCCCUCGCACAAGACGCUCUACCAGCUGCAAGGGGAGCGGCUCUGUCGCCUGGCGCAGCUGGCUCAGGAGCUCACCGGCAAGCGGGGAAACAUUCCCUGGUACAUCAUGACGAGCGAGCACACAAAAGAACCCACGCUCGAGUUCUUCGCAAAGCACGACUUCUUUGGACUUCAGGAAGAUAGCCUGGUCGUGUUCGAGCAAAACAUGAUGCCCUCGUUUACGUUCGAUGGAAAGAUAAUCCUAGAGACACCAUACAAGGUGUCCAUGUCCCCGGACGGCAACGGUGGACUCUACAGUGUCCUGCAGAGGAAGGGUAUUCUGGCUGACAUGGAGCGGCGAGGCGUCAGCUACAUUCACGUCUACUGUGUAGACAAUAUUCUCGUUAAGAUGGCUGACCCCACAUUUGUCGGCUACUGCGUCUCUAAUGGUGCUGACUGUGCAGCAAAGGUCGUGGAGAAGGCGUUCCCCACAGAAGCCGUCGGGGUUGUCUGUCGGGUGAAGGGCCGCUUCCAGGUGGUCGAGUACAGCGAGGUGUCCCUACGAACGGCUCAGCGUCGAAACCCCGACGGCCGGCUCACCUUCAACGCGGGGUCCAUUUGCAACCACUUCUUCACCCUUGACUUCCUCAAGCGGGUGUCCGCGGGUACGAGUCUCAAGUACCACGUGGCCAAGAAGAAGAUUCCGUACGUGAACGACCUCGGAAACUUGGUGAAGCCUGACAAGCCCAACGGCAUCAAGUUGGAGAUGUUCGUCUUUGACGUCUUCGAAUACGCCGACAACUUCUUCGUCUGGGAAGUCCUGCGAGAGGAUGAGUUCUCACCUCUCAAGAAUGCCGAGGGUGCCGCCAAGGACACGCCGACCACCGCACGCCACGCUUUGUACAGCCUGCACCACCGCUACAUCCUCAGCGCAGGUGGCAAGCUCGUUGACGAGGAUGGCUGCCCUAUUCCACUAAUUCCGAGUGCGGAGGAAACUGAGAGCGGACACGGUGACCACAAAAGUCAAAAGGAAGAUCUCAAGUACGAGCACCCAGUUGCCUGCGAGAUUUCCGCGCUCAUUUCGUAUGACGGCGAGGGUCUCGAAGACUACGUGAGGGACAAGAAGUUUGUGCCCCCCGUGCUUCUGAGCAGCCCCGAAGAAGAGCCCGUAUUCCAGAACGGCACCACACGCAAGGACUGAUUGAACCCCUUCGUGCAAAACAUUUCGAUCGCGGACCGGGAUCAAGCCUUCUCUUUCUUUGUGCACAUGUGGCAGAUGCAUGAAGUGGCAACUCCCACACUCCCAAGUAGCUUUUUUUUUCUUGUUUUUUUUUUUAUCUUCGUAGCUGAUGCACUUUUGUGGACCGCUUGCAGGGGCAGUUUUUUUUUACAAUUUUUUGUUGUUGUUUUCUUCCGGGACCAGCUCGAUCGAUGCUCAGUGUCACAUGCUCUGAAGUCUUCCCGGUGCUUUUGCUGUGGUAAGGCGGUUUUUCGAGUGGCAGGCAGGCAGGCGUGUGUGCUGCAGCCAGCUGCAGAAGCAAACUGGGGGCGCAAAUCAUGUUGUAAAUAGUUGACAGCUGUACAUAAGCUGCAGAGAGGGGGAGGCCCAUUGAGGGAAUAAACAGAGUGCUGAUUGCAA